AGUCUUGACUUGCAACAUUUCUGUACAAUUUUUGAAAAAAUUUUGCUUUUGUUAUGAAGCUUUUUAAUGCUUAUUUUGCGUAUUUUGUGAUGCAAAUAUGUCAAUUGGCAUCUGGUAAUGUGAACAAAAAGUUGAAGUAUUUUGAAGUCAUUUAUUCAGAAGAUGUGAAACAUGAAAUUCAAAAACGAAGUCUAAACAAAGAUGAAAACAAAGAGAUGAAAUUAUCCAUCCUUGGAAGGACAUUUCAUCUGUCAUUGGUUCCCAAGCCAGAGUUAUUUUCAGAUCGUUUUCAAGCUGUUGUCGUUGACGAAAAAGGCGUCCAAACGGAAUUUGCUGUUAACAAAAAAGACUUCUAUCGAGGGUUUGUCAAAGGUGAAGAAACAAACUCCUCUGUGACGAUGGGAAUUGAUGAAGACAUGAUCACAGCAGCCAUCCACUCUAAGGGUGAUACAUACCAUGUAGAGCCUGCAUCUGGGCAAAUCAGUGGAAACACCAAAAACAAAAUGAUAGCGUAUCGGGACUCUGAUGUGAUAUGGAAUGCUACCUUUGCAGGAAAUCAUACACAGAAAGAUCGUUAUUGUGGUUUAGCUGAUGCCGGGAACAGAACAGAUCAUUCUCCUCCAAGUGAAGAGCGGGAACGAAGAUCAACAAGAUCACGUCGUGCUACAACAAAGAAACGUGAUUGUAGUUUGGUGUUGGUUGCUGAUUAUACAUAUUAUGAAACUAUAGGACAGAAAAGCCGACAAAAAACAUUAUAUGCUAUGGUCAGUGUUAUCAAUCGUGUCGAUGACAUUUUCAGAGGAACGUAUUGGUCAGACGAAUCAUCUGGGGCUUACAGAAACUUUGGUUUCGUCAUCAAAAAGAUAAGAAUCCACGAUAAACCUUCAACCACGGGCGACUACAAUACAGUUUAUAAACCUGCUUGGAGAAUUACGCCACUUCUUGAGGCAUUCAGCCGGGUUGACUGGUCCGAAUACUGCUUGGCUCAUUUAUUCACGUAUCAAGAUUUCCAAGAUGGAGUGAUUGGUCUGGCUUACGUGGCCCACCCGCAAGAAAACUCCAGAGGAGGCAUAUGUAGUGAAGGUGAUCGUGGAAUGUGGCACAAUACAGGGCUGAGUAGCUCUAUCAAUUGGGGAAGCAGAUUAUUGACGACAGAAGCUGAUAUUGUAACGGCACACGAACUUGGACACAAUUUUGGUAGCGAACACGACGUUCAGGACCACCCAAGAUGCUCUCCCAACAGCGGAGGAAAGUAUAUCAUGUACCCAGCGUCCGUUUCUGGCGAAAAACCCAACAAUAAUCAUUUUUCCAAAUGCAGUCGUAAAGCUAUCAAAGCUGUUCUCGACUCAAAAUCAUAUCUUUGUUUCAGUGAGUUGAACAAAGGGGCAUUCUGUGGAAACUACCGCGUGGAUAAGGGGGAGAUGUGUGAUCCUGGGGAUGAUGAAAAUGAUCCAUGUUGCGACAAAAAUUGUAAACUUAAAUCACACGCCAAAUGCAGUGACCGUAACGUCGACACUCAGUGCUGCACCAACUGUCAGUAUUCUAGUAACGGCACUUUGUGCUCGCAGGCUCAACCUCUCUUGUGUAAGAAAGCUUCAUACUGCAACGGGACUUCCAGCACUUGUCCGGAAGAGGAAAAUGCCGAUGAAGGCACAGCUUGUAUCGAAAGAGGAAAGUGCAACAAAAAGGGAGAAUGCGAGCCGUUCUGUAAGGGACUGGGACCUGGUAUUGUUCCUUGUCUUUGUAAGAACGAUGCGGAUGCGUGUUACGUGUGUUGUGAAGACACAAGGUUGGAUGAAUCCUGCAAAGUCCAUCGCAAUGCUACGUCCGGUAGAAUGGCCAUGAGUGAUGGACGCUUGUGUUACGAUGGAGUGUGCAGCAAUAAAGAGUGUAAGAAAGCAGCCCAAGAUAUCAUAACCCGUCUUCAGGACUUUUUCGACACUCUUGGUGACGCGAGUAAAUUUGGCGAGUUUUUGAAGGACAACAUUGUUGGCACUUUGAUAUUCUUUUCUCUCGUUAUUUGGAUACCAGCUAGUAUCGUCGUUAACAGAAUAGAUAAAAGACGAGAUAAUCACGCCCGAGAAUUAGCCAGAUGGCAAGACAGAGGGAACCCAGAUUUGAUUCGCCGUCCGAGCAGACCACGAGAUAACUUUGACGUCGUUUUCAAAAAAGAUGCAGUUUUCUUACGAGAUAGUCGAAAGGCAAAGCCCAGAGGCUCGGCGAGUCCUGCAAGUCAUCGUGGACCGAUGAUGAUCGAAUAAUGGCACCAUAAUUGGUUUUAGCAUGCAAGGACCAGUUUUGUAAAACCCGAAUUCUAUUUAUUAAGCGGCUCGGACUUUUCGCUAGAAAUUGCCAUUCGUCAGUUUAAGCAAUUGGAAUAGUGUUCGUUCCUUAUAUGUGACAAGUCAUUGCUUUCUGGGACUAGAAAGUUCUACAAUGUA